UUAGGGGAGUUACCUGAAACAGAGAAGCUGCGUCGCGAACCCUCGACCGUAUCUCUGGUUUUAUGAUUUUCUCGGGAAACAAACACAUCUCUAUGCUUCUGACCCGAAGUUCAGCUCUUGGAAAGAAGAAUGAGAUGGAAAGAGUAUGUGAGUUCUGCUCUGUUUGGAAACCAGUGGUUUACUGCAAAGCCGAUGCAGCAAGUCUUUGUCUGUCCUGCGAUGCGAAGGUCCAUUCAGCUAAUGCACUUUCUGGCAGGCAUCUACGUACACUUGUCUGUGAUUCCUGCAGAUUCCGACCUUCCGCUGUCCGGUGUUUAGACCAUUGCAUGUUUUUCUGCCACGGCUGUGACAGAAACCUUCAUGGCGUCUCCUCUCAUCAUCAGAGACGUGUUGUCAACUGUUACACUGGUUGCCCUUCUGCUAAAGAUUUCGCCUUUAUGUGGGGUAUCCGAGUUAAUUAUGAUAAUGCUAAGCUGGACCGUCGUUAUGAUUCGGGUAUAUCCAGAGGGUGUUCCGAAAUGUUAGUCUCUUUUGAACCAGGAUCAAGCUCUAGAAAGAAAAAGGGUAAGCUUCAGAGAGAUACUGGAUUUAUCUUGGAACAGAUUCUUGAAUUGGAGAAGCUUCAGCUCAGCGAAGAAGCUGCUUCCAUUAGCAACGUUUCAGACAUUCUGCCUCGUUCGAAAGAGCGUGUAAGCGACAUUCCAGAGCUCGAGAAAGAUCUGAUGGUGGAUUUUUCGCAAUCCCCUUUUCCUCAGAUGGAACCUUUGUCUUCAUCUUCUGCUGGCGAAAACUCCUUCUGGCAAUGCAAAGUCCCAUCUAAGAGUUAUCAGCAGUGGAAUCAAAACUUGCAAGAUAUCGGUGUUUGUGAAGAGACUGAGAACAGUGAUGACUUUGAUAUUCCUGAUAUAGACCUCACUUUCCGAAACUUUGAAGAACUUUUCGGAAACGAUCAAGAUCUGAUCACGGGACUUGCCAACGGUAACAUGAUUUCCUCUUCUGUUUCCUCGGGAGAAAUGGGAUCAUCACUCUUCAUAUCAGAAAACUGCAGUGCAAAAGCAUCCAAGAUGAAGAGAGGUCCUUCUCCGGACAACAGAAAUCGUGAAUCAACUGAGAAAACAGAGGACUCCCUUCUUGCAGUUAAGCCGGCUUCAAGAUUCAGCGGUGGAAGGGAUUGCCAUUACAGCCAGUCCGAUGAAGUCUCUUGUUGUUCACCUCUCUCGGAGAACACCCAUUUGGGGUUUCGCCAAAACGCCAUUUCAAGGCUCAAGGAGAAGAAAAAGGCCCGAACAGAGGAGAAGCAAAGUCAUUAUGUCCCGAGAAAGGCGAGAAGCGAAGCCAGGAAGCGAAGAUUUGUCUUAACGGAAAGUUGCAGUUCCGACACAGUCGGUGCUACUGCUCGUAGCUACUGAACUGUUCCUUCAAACUCUUUGCCUUCUGUACAUAGUUUCUGACAUUUGCUCACCCUCUUUUUUCUUGUUACAAUUCCUAUUGAUCUUUCAUGUUUUCAUGAGCUCUUGUAUUGUGAAUGAAGCCUUGAUCUUGAAUUUCAGUUUCUCCUAA